AUCAAAAUACAGACUAAUGAUUGCCGUGUCGGUAGCAGCGCUGGCAUCGAAUUUCCUGACGUCACGUAACCAAUGUCGAGGCGUCACAAUCGCCAUUGAAUCGUUUAACGAAACUGAACAUUCUAAAAUUCGAGGUAAUCAUCAUGUCGGCGGAGGAGGUAAGCCGAAAUGCGACAAUUGCCUCAACGGACGACGCAGGACAAUCGGUGACCAGCACAUCGCAAAGUGUUGGAAAUUCGACUGAAUCAAAUUCACCUCGACCAUCGGACCAAGCAAGCCGACAGAAUAAUCUUCAGAGAAUUCAACAACGUAAGCAGCAGGUUUUCAAUUGGCCUCAGUUAAAAAAAUUAUUGAAACUCGCCAACUACAGUGCUUGCCAAGUGGAGGACUGUAAAUGUAACGGAUGGAAGAAUGCCCAGUCUUUGACAAAAUCACCUAAGAACGAUAUGCAACAGCCAGUCACUAAUUUCUACGAUCCAUGUAGAAGUUGCACUCAUGUUCUGGAAAAUCAUAUAACGCAUCUGUCAACACAGUCCGAUGAAGAAAUCAACAAAUUACUUGGAAUGGUGGUGGACGUAGAUAAUAUUUUCAUGGGAAUGCACAGAGAAGAGGAUCCAGACACAAAGAAAGUUUACUAUUAUCUGUUCAAGCUGUUACGAAAAUGUAUACUAUCUAUGACUAAACCAACUAUAGAAGGUCCGCUAGGACAGCCUCCAUUCGAGAGACCCAGUAUAGCAAAAGCCAUUACAAACUUCGUUUUAUACAAGUUUGGACAUUUGGCUCAGAGGGAAUGGCAGGCCAUGUACGACCUAGCUAAGAUGUUCUUACAUUGCUUGAAUCAUUGGAACUUUGAAACCCCGAGUGCCCGAAAAACAGCUGUAAAUGCUGACGAGGCACCAGCCUAUAAAAUAAAUUAUACACGAUGGUUAGUCUUCUGUCAUGUACCAGCUUUCUGUGACUCGCUGCCUCACUAUGACACUACUCUUGUAUUUGGAAGGACUUUACUGCAAGCAGUGUUCAAAUCAGUGUGCAGACAAUUAAUGGACAAAUGUCACAGCGAACGAGACAGGAUGUCACCAGAGAAAAGAUUCCUUGUUCUAACCCACUUCCCCAAAUUUCUGUCGGUGCUAGAGGUGGAGAUCUAUUCUGACAACUCUCCAAUUUGGGAUCCUGAAUUUAAGCAGGUUCCCCCAUCGCACCUGCAGAUUGCCCCGGAAACAAAAGGUCACCAAGGUCGUCGUACUGGUGAAUUUGAGAAGGUGACCGUGACUCCCAACGAAAAAGACAAUUUCACAACUAUUAACAUAAGUCCAGGCAUUAAAAAGAUCCACGAAAAAAGGUCUCACUCAGAAGGAAGGUCUGACGUAAAGAGACGUAGAAAUGAAGAAGCCUUCGAAGAUCUACCAGAGGAGACCGUAGCUGAAAUCGUAGCUACAAUUAAUGACCCCAAUUACAUGUGUGGACCUGAUGCCGUAUUUCCACCGAACGUUCCAAGAGACGAAACAGCCAAGAUAGAAGAAAGUCGAAAGAUCAUCGAAUUCCACGUCGUUGGAAACAGUCUUACGCAACCAGUAUCUAAACAAACCAUGCUAUGGCUAAUAGGACUGCAUAAUGUCUUCAGUCAUCAAUUACCUAGAAUGCCUAAAGAAUACAUAUCUCAAUUAGUAUUUGACCCAAAGCACAAAACUUUAGUUCUAAUAAAAGACGGUAGACCAAUCGGCGGUAUAUGCUUCCGUAUGUUCGCUACCCAAGGUUUCACAGAAAUAGUAUUCUGUGCAGUAACAAGUGAGGAACAGGUCAAAGGUUAUGGGACCCAUCUGAUGAAUAUGCUUAAGGAUUACCAUAUAAAAAAUAACAUACUACACUUCCUGACCUUCGCCGAUGAGUACGCUAUUGGUUACUUCAAGAAGCAGGGCUUCAGCAAGGACAUCAAGUUACCCCGUUCUAUGUACCAAGGUUACAUAAAGGAUUACGAAGGUGCCACUCUGAUGCACUGUGAGCUCAACGCGAAGAUCGUCUACACAGAAUUCACGGCUGUGAUAAGGAAGCAGAAAGAAAUAAUAAAGAAGCUGAUACAUCAGAGACAACAGGAGAUACAGAAGGUGCAUCCUGGGCUAACCUGCUUCAAGGAAGGUGUACGUGGUAUCCCAGUGGAGUCUAUUCCAGGAAUACGUGAAACAGGAUGGAAGAGUUAUGCUCAAACCAGAACGAGAGGCGUAGCAAAAGGAACUCAAGGUUCUGAACCUAUGGAAGCUUGUCUGGAUAUUACUGACUCUCUGUACAACGCCCUGAAGAAUGUCUUGACCAGUGUCAAAAAUCAUAGCACAGCUUGGCCUUUCUUGAAACCCGUUGACAAGAACGAUGUACCAGAUUACUAUGAUCACAUUAAAUAUCCAAUGGAUCUCAAAACUAUGACGGAUCGUUUAAAGGCAAGGUAUUAUGUCACUAGAAGAUUGUUCAUUGCUGACAUGACAAGAAUAUUUACAAACUGCCGAUUGUACAAUAGUCCAGACACAGAGUAUUACAGGUGUGCCAAUGCACUGGAAAAAUAUUUUCAAACCAGAAUGAAAGAAAUUGGUCUUUGGGACAAAUAGGAACGUGGCUGUGUUGUUUCGUGAAGAUAAAAGUGCACUGGGACGCUGUUCAGCUGUCCUGAAUGGAAGCUAUGGAGAAAUUCUGUAAUUUUGAAAAUAAUAUGGUCACAGACAAGUGACUACUAGACCCCAUAAAAUUAUUCUCUGCGUUCUAUGGUGACUGACAAAGUUCAGUUUGGAAUUUAAAAUAAAGACCAGUCAUAAUAGUUCUGGAAGGUCACAUAUAGACAGAUGAGAUUAAUGGUCCAAUGCGAAGUUUUAUUCGUUUAUAAAUUAUAAAAUUAGAAGAAUUAGAAAAAUGAUUAAAAAAUUAUAGGCUCGUAUCACAUUACGCGCAAAGCGUAUCUU